CGUUGGGUCAGGCAGCUCCGGGUGCGCGCCAGGUCUGGGCCUGGACACACAGGGCAGGUGACCAAGCCAGCCACGCGGGGCGACAGCCCAGUUGUCACCCAGCGUCACAGGCCCGGACCGGCAGGGCGUGGGGCCGCUCGUUCGCAGGCAGCCCAAGGUCCAGGCCGUCUAAGUCAGAGCGACAGACGCACACAAGCCAGGGGAGGUGACAGAGUGGAGUGGAAGCCAGGUGUGACGCCCACCGGCCGUGUUUACGGGAACGAGUCGGUUUCUCCCAUUCCCUCUGCGCGGGGACACGCGACGGAAUAAACCGCUGGGGACACCAGGGGCUGGAGGGCACAGCCGGCGAGGACUCCGGGCCUCCGCGGGGCACAGUCCGGGCCUCCGCGGGGCACAGUCCGGGUCCCCGUCCGGCCGCGGCCGGAGGCGCUGCGGGGACUCGGCGGCGGCGCGGGGGUCACGGCGCCGCCUGGGUUUUUUCCAGGGGAGGGGGCGGGGAUGCUGAGUCACGGAACUGUCACCGCUUCUCACCUCUCUCCUGCCCUCGGGGGCUAAAGCAAAAGCGAAAGCGAAUGCGGCUCGCGGGGCGGCCAGUCUGGAGCUGCGGCCCGCCGCCUCCCCCAGGCCGUGGGCAUCUGAGCGCCCCGGCGGCUGGGCGUCCCGGCCGGGGCGAGCCCGGGAGGCUGCCGGCGGGGGCGCGGCCGAAGUCUGGCCAUGUCCGGGCGGCUCCGGGGCCGCGGGGCCGGCGCCCUCCCCGCGCUGGGGCUGCUGCUGCUACUACUGCUGCUCGGAUCUUCGGCCACGCCGGGCAUCACCUGCCCGACUCCCACAUCCGUGGAGCAUGCAGACAUCCAGGUCAAGAGUUACAGCAUCAACUCCAGGGAGCGGUAUGUUUGUAAUUCUGGCUUCAAGCGUAAAGCUGGGACCUCCAGCUUGACCCAGUGUGUGUUUAACGAGACCGCGAAAGUCGCCCACUGGACCACUCCCAACCUCAAGUGCAUCAGAGACCCCUCCCUGAGUCACCAAAGGCCACCCUCCACAGCAGCGCCGACAGGGUUGACCCCAGAGCCAGAGAGCCCCACCCCCUCCGGAAAAGAGCCAGAUCUUACUUCCAAGUCAGACACCAAAGUGGCCACAAGGCCAGCUACUGGACCAGGCUCCAGGCUGCCGUCCACAGCUCCUCCUGUGGGAACCACAGGGGUAGUCAGUAAGGAGACCACCUACGUCCCAGCUCAGACAGCAGCCAAGGCUCCGGAACACACAUACCCGGCCUUGCAGGACACGCCCGGUGCGUAUCAGUACAAUCCCAGAGUUGUGACCGCCGUCUCCACAACUGUCACCGUGCUCUUUGUAGUAUGCCUGGUGUUUCUUCUGGGACGUUGCCUGUGGUCAAGGCGAGCCCACCAGACACCGGGUGUUGAGAUGGAGAGCAUGGAGAGUGUGCCAAUGACCACAGGGGCCGAUGCCAGAGGGGAGGACACGGAAAUCCACCCGCAUGGCCUAGGAGGCUCUGGGGACGCCGAGACCAGCAGCGGCCGCAGUGAAGGCCCAGCUCUUCCCCAGUCAGAGAGGACCUAGGGAAGACUUGGGGCGCUGGUCCCAGGGGAAAGACCCCCAGGGUGAGGAAACAUCCGGCCAUCAUCUUACCAACGGCCCAGCUCAAGCAUCGCCCUUACCGGUGGGUUCUCUGGGCUCAGGACAAAUGCCCGCCGUCCGCCUGCCUUGCCUGCCUGUCCUGGGCGUAAGGCCCAGUUCCCAAAGUCCCAGCUGUCAACAGUUACCCGGGAGGGAGUGAAGGCCUCAGGGCUUCCUAUCAGGGCUUUUAUUUCAUCAUGACAUCUAUUCAGGACAGCUUGUCCACUCGAUUCAAUCCCAUUCCUCAGCCUGACCUGCAGGUUACAAAGAGAAGAAACCCACCCGAGGCUCCAAGUGAACUACCAGACUCCUCCUGGAUUGGGAGGUGUUAACAAGGAUGACACCAGCAUUUCAACUUGUAAAACCUUCUCUCGGCCAGGUGCUCUGCGUGCAUGGAAAGGGAGCAGAGAGAGACUGUGCCUAGUGGCUCCUCUAGAUUUAAGGAUUCAGAAAGAAGAAAAGUUGUUGACGUUUUUCUAUAGAUGUGCAUUUAUAUUUAUAUCCUAGUCUUUUAUAUCUACGUAUUGUAAGAUUUGUAUUUUUAAAUUUGUUCCUUGUACAAACAAUAUAAAAUGUCUAUUUUCAAUAAAAAAAAAAAAAAAAAAGAUUGCACUGAAAGAACCACUGACGAGAAAUGUACCAGAAAGAAAAAAAGGAGAUCAGGAAUGCAGAGUCCCGCAUGACUGAGGUCAGCUUUUCUGAAAGGAGGAAAAAGUCUUGCCUGCAGCCAAGUCGGACUGUGGCUUUGGAGAAUUUCCGGUAGCGUUUCCACUUGAGAAGCACGUGCGUGUCUGCUGCACACGCUGUCCCUGUGUUCUUUCCUUCUUUGGUGUUUAUGUUUGUUUAUAAAAUCAUGGGCCUUGUCCCAGCUCUUCAUUUUACAGAUGGGAAAACUGAGACCUAGAGAAGUGACUUGCCCAUUUACUCAUGCAGAGUCUGCACAGAGUCGGAUGGGGGCAGGUACAGGGGCGGGACUGUAAAUCAGGUGUCAGCCGCCCCAUCACAUGGCCAGGGUAGCCAGGAUGGGGAGGUGGAUUGGAGGCAGAGCAACCAGUCCACCCGCUGCUGGGGCUCUCAGAGUGUUCUUUUU